CUAUAACGUCUACCGAAAAUUUUCAGAAGGAACGAAUUGUUCGAUAAAAAGGUGGUAAAACGUCAAAAUUUUAUUUUAUUUAUCCAAAAUUUAUUUUAAAAAUCAAUUAAAUCGUCUAAUAAUUAAUAAUUAACUGGAACAACAGAAGUUAGACGUAAUUUAUAUCGCGUGCCAGUGAAAUCGAUUCAAUGAAAUGAAUCGAUUUCCCUCGGACACGGUAAAUGUGUUGUCUAAUAGUAAACAAUAUUAGUCAUAUCUGGAACAUUGCGGAAGGCAUUGACAAUUGCAUUUAGAAUCAAAGUUUCGUCAAAUGGAUUCGACUAGUGUUGAUGCAACCGAAGAAAACAUUUCUCAAUUAGAAUCUCUUACGAUAAACGAAGUAGAUUCGGUAUCCGUAGAGGAACAAAAUGCUCAAAGACCCCCACUGCCAAGUAGAUCUAACUACACGGUUCGUGAAAUUUAUAAAAAUAGUUGGAUUAAAAGAAUUCCAAGUAUCGAGAAGAAACCUGGAAGAUUCACUAAGAUUCCCAAGCCAGAAAAACAAUGGAUGGUGUUUUGUGUGCAUAAUGAUAAAGAGCCACUUUUAGAAUUCUAUGAUAAUCGUCGUAGUGCAUAUUCUCAUAAUCCUACAAUGAGUAUCUCACUGAUAAAUUGUCUUCAUAUUUCUCCUUCAAUUUAUCCUCAAGAAGAAAAUGAUCAUGAAUUUGUUAUUACCUUGGGUACUGAAAUUCUUCGGAUAGCAGCUUCAUCUAGAGAGCAGAUGAUUGAAUGGAUGGAUACACUGAAAGUUAAAUUGAGAGAAAUGUCAAUUUUAGAGCCAAAGGAUAAUGUAUACAGCAGAGAACCCGGUACACCAAAACUUGAAUGUAUUCCUCAACAACAACUUACUCCUACACAACAGACAGAAGAUCAAAUUCAACAUAAUGAGAGAGAUUAUCAACACAUAAGACAUUCAGAACCUGUUCAAUCAACUAAUACUAGAAGUGUAAAUGAAAAUUCUGUUGCAGUAAAUUCUUCUCCGCAUUCAAAUAAUGUAAUUCCAACUGUAGUAACCCAAGAAGGACAAGGUGCUUCAAAUGCAGCUGUUUCAUCUACUUCAAAUAUUUUUAAUUUUGAUUUUGUCUCUAGUAACUUGUAUGAAAAUGCUGCAGUUCAAAAUCUAGAAAUAGACUCAAAUCAAGAUGAUUGCUUUUCAGAAUCUUUACCAGUGUUAAAUAAUAGAGCAUUAUCUCUUCCGACAUCUCCUAUAACUUCUGAAAGUGACUCUCUAUACGAGCCCUUAUUUUUUGUAAAUGCUUCUUCACCUAGUCAGACAUUUACUUCUAGAGGUAUCCGUAAUCCUAAUUACGAAAAUCCGUCUGUUGUACAACAGAGACGAUCUGAAAGUGAAGUUUCUUCAAAAAGUUCUGUACCCUUAGCAAGAUCAUCUGUGUCAUCCAUGAGUGAAGUUACUGGCCAUCAUUCACAAUAUACUCCAUCUCCUGACAUGACUUCAAGGCGACUCAGAACAUUGAGGGAUGCAGUGUCUGUUUCUGAACCAUCUUUAAAUGUGCCGCUUACACCAAAUAAUAUUGCUCCUUCUAGAAGAAUUUCUGUUGGUUCUUUACCCGAAAACCGACAAUCGGGUCAAAACAAUCUGAACAGAACAUCCCAAUCUGCACAUAAUCAAGAACAAAGUAGAAGUCAAAGUACUAGGACAGAAGCUCCACUACCAUUAGAAGAAGGUCCACCUCCUUAUGAUGGAUUAUUUUAUAAUCAAUGCCAAAAUAUGCAAGGGACAAAUGUAGAAAAUUCAUUUCUUGAUGAAAAUGGAAGACCAUUAUCUCUAAAAGAAACUCAAGUUAGAAAAUUACAGAAGGAAAUAACUCAUAAAAGUGGAGUAAGAUUAAUGCUGAGAAAAAAAGAUUGUGUAAAUACUAUAGCUUUUGUAGAUUGCUUUGGUGCAGUUUGGGUAGCAGGAUGGAAACAAAAAGAACAUCCUUUACUUCAUAAUACUUUUCACAUUGGUGAUUGUAUCAUUAGCAUUGCAGGCCAUAGAAUACACAAUGUACAAGAAGCCCAGAAAGCCAUCAAACAUCAACCGUUAAUAGUAGAAUUUGUAGUGCAUAGAGUUCCUCAUGGAUGUGUACUUGCUAUUAAAAGACAAUACGAUGGACAAGAUCUUGGGCUUAUUCGAGAAGGAAAUACAGCAGAGAUUAAAGAAGUAAAGCCAGAUGGAUUAGCAUUUAAGCACGGUUUGCCCGCAAAAGCUCCGACGGUCGACGGAAGCGGUUCGUGUAAUUGGGUCCUGACAGAAAUCAACCAUAGGCCUUUAAAUCUUUUUUUCAAAGAUAAUGAGAUAUCCGACAGGUUAAACGCAGUGGGUCGAGACAUAUCUAUUUUGGUGCAGCCCGUCGACUUAGUGAAACAACUCAAAAAGCAUCUGAAAUUAUUAAGAGGCUACAAAGAUUACAUUGUGCAGUGAAAACUAUAAAUUUUUGCAUUUGAUCGAGUAAUUUACUCGGAGUCUUUGCAAUGAAAUUAACUGGGACCAAUAUGUAAAUUAUUAUAUUUGUGUAGACUGUGAUAUUGACAUUGUCUGUAGAAUCGAAAGCGUUUUUUUCAUUAGUGAUACAACGAGAUCAAAAAUCAAGUUUAUAAUUUUACCAAUGAUGUACAUUUUUACGAAUAACUUAGAAGAUAACUCAUUUAUCUACUUAUAUUUUUAGAUAUUUAUCAAAAGAAUCCAGUUGUGAAAAAUGAUUUCUUUGCAUCUUCCAUAUUCUAAACCAAAAGUUCUUCCAGUUCUUGGCAUAGAAAAUUAUUUUGUAAAUAUAGUUGUGUAAUAGUAAUCGAUGAUGAAAGUUAUUUAAAUGAUGUAUAAUGGCAACGCUAUAUUUGUUUAUUCGUAUCUGUUGUUAUAUAGUUGUGUUGCUUUGCUGUUGUUGACAGGAAACGGAAUUUGAUUAAGAUUAGCUUGGGAAUGUGAUAAAUCAAAACUACUUACUUUUUACCUUUGAAAACUUUUAUUCUUUUUGUUAAAAUUUUAAGAGCAUUAGAUUAGAUAAUAAGAUAGAGUGAAUGUUAAUAACUGUGAUGUGAAAUUUUAAUGAAUGUUUUGAAUAAUUGUAUAGUUAAGUAUUAAUAUACUAAAAUUACUAUCUUGUCUUGUAAUGUGACUUGUAAAAUAUGAUUGAAAAUUUUUAAUUUCUUUGGCAAUUUACUUACAUAAAAUCACUUGAAUAUCAUACUUUUGACAAAAAUUUUAGUAUAUAUUAUAUGUAGAAACCAUUCCAAUAAUUAGAACAUUUGAAUGAAAAGGAAACCAAAUACUAUAUCCUAAUUUAAUUUCUACAUAUUUAUUAAGAUAAAAAUUAAAUUAGAUUAUUCAACAAUUAUUGGCGAGAAAUAUGCAAAAUAAAAUUUCAUUUUAUUCUCCUACUAUAAAGGUGCCAACAUUUAAUUUGCAGUAUUUUUGAAUAAUAAGCAGCAGUUAAAUAAAUAUGGGUUUUAAUGUUUAGACGCGAAUCAAAUGUUUAUAAUUAACAUUUUAGCAUUUUGACUCGUUCCAUAUAUCUCCUGUAAUGGUAACUUUGUCGUGAAUUUUCUAAGAGCAUUGCAUUUUCUCGUAACUCGAAAAUUUUUUAAACAAUUUAGUGUGUAAUUUUUAAACAAUUAAAAAUUGUCAUGCACAAAAUAUGUAUUCCAUAUAAAAUUGCACAAUUUUAACAAAAUUUUAGUAGUUAAUAUUGUAAAUUAAUGAAAAAGAUUACGUGGAAAUUGCUGUGUGAUUAGUUUUUAAAUAUGAAAAAAUGAGAGUGAAACUGGAACAUUUAUAUUCUCAAAAAGUAGCAUUAGGCAGCUAAAUUUUUAAAUUAUCAAAUUUUAUAAACUUUAUGGACUUAAUGUAACUGAAUUAUGUCAUUUAACAGGUUUACUACCAUAAAAUAAUUUAAAUAUUACUUUUUCUUUGUUAUAUUGACUAUCCGAACUUUCUUAACAAUUUGUCAUAUAAAUUAUUUUUACCAAAGCAAUAUACUGUUUCUGCUCGUGUUAUAAUUAAUUAAUGAAUAUAUUCAAUCUUUAUUUUUCAUUUUGAAUAAAAGCUAGUACAAAUUUUUAAAAUAUUUAUGUACUUUAUAUCUGAAUCUGAUACUUAUAUUUAUUUUAAGUGUUUAGGUGUGAAAAACUAAUAUGGAACUAACGCAAGAUUGUUGACUUGGAAUGUUUAUUGGUGAUGAAAUUGUGCAAUUAAGAAAAUUUCAUUGGUGUUUUUAACAUUAUUGUAAUGUUUAAGAACUUGAGAUUGUUUAUGUAGUCUUGAGAAGGCAAAAAUUACCAUGAGUGUCGGAUCGUAUAUUUAAAAUUUCAUUUAGCUUUAACAAUUUUGUAUGAAUUGUAUUUAAAAUAACCUAACAGCCAUUAAAACUUCAUUUUUGGAUUUUAAUCUUUAAAAUGGAAGUAGUCUUUCUGUAUUCAUCUUAAUUCUUCUGUCGAGAAGAUUUUUUUUAAACAAAAGAUUUAAUAUCUUCAUAUGUAUGUUGGUGUAGCAUGGAGAAAUUAUUUUUUUAUA